UACAGACUUUAAACAGAGUGACUUACAAACACCAUCAGAGGAAGAGGUAUCUAGGAAACCAAAGGAAGCUUUUCCACACCAAGGUAGCCUCUCUCCAUCUCUCAGGUCUUGGGGAUGCGGUUGCAGCCCCAGUGUCUGCAGCUGGACUCUGUACUGCAGACAGUGAGUGUCCUGGAGGCUGUGAUCCGGAGGAGCUUUGGUCCUGAUGGAGGACAGGUGCUGUUCACACGGGACACGGGGCAAACUCUGCUGACACGCCACGGAACACGCAUCCUCACAGCCCUGCGGGUGGAACACCCGCUGGCCAGGAUGGUGGUGGAGUGUGUGAGGAGACACAGCUCGGUGACAGGAGAUGGCUCCAAGACCUUCGUCCUGCUACUCGCCUCAUUGCUACGGGAGAUACAGAAACACACCCGAAAAGCCCGCCGGGAAGGCGCAGGUGCCAAGCGUUUGGCUGGAGCUCUGCUGGACUUCGGAUUGGACGAGCUCAGUGAUGUCAUCACUGUUGGAGUGGCUCCACAUGGCUCCUCCCUUUCAGACCCACACACCCCAGGACAAACAGACACACACACUCUGUGCCGCCUACUCAGUGCUUUCCUUCACACCCGGAUCAGCCCUACUCAUGCUGAAAUCAUCAGCCGACUGACCUGUGAGCUGCUCUCGCAUUGGAGCUGCCAUGGCGACUUCAUUAACGAACACUUCCCUGCUCUGCACACAGCAGUAUCAGGCUUCCCUAUUGGCUGUUCCCGUCUGCUGGAGGGCCAGGUCAUACAUGCAGAUUUCUCUACACCCCUCCCACUCUGCGACCAUGGACCAAUCAGGGCCCUAGCGGUGACGGAACCCCUGGAACCCAGCCUGCUGAUUGGUGGAACUGUGCUGGAGGUGGGUGGGGCUAAUAGAGGAAUAGAAAGUGUGUGUGUGAGAUUAGGGCGGGGGUUAGACAGUGUGUGUGUCAUUCUACAGCAUCUAGGAGUGUCUCUGCUCCUCUCAUCAGUCAGACAGUCGGAGGCCGUCCUGGCUGCAGUAGGGAGGUACGGGGUGUGUGUGUUAGAGUGUGUGUGUGAAGACGACCUCACCUUGUUCUCUGUGAUCAGUGGAGCCCAGCCUGUCUCAGACUGGGCUGUGAUUGGACAAGAACAUGUUGCUACGGUUACCUUCUGCCGGCCGCUGGUGCUGGGAGCUCACAGGUUCGUCAAUGUGGGGUUUCCUAAGACAGAGGACAGGGGCAGACCCCACAGUCUGGUUGUGUGUGGACUGACAGAGGGCCAGACGGAACAGAGUGUAUGUGCUGUACGAGAUGCUCUACACAUGCUGCAUACUACCUGGGGGCCCAAACACAGGACUAGAGCUACAGAGAGAAUGGCACGCGCAGACGUGAUGGAGCCUUGUUGUGUCAUUUCCGUGGGCGGGACUUUUGAGUUCCUGUUACACCACACCCUCCUACAGCGCAAACACGGACACACACACUCUGUCACACACAGACACACAAGCACGCACACUCUGUCACACACAAGCACGCACACUCUGUCACACACAGGCACGCACACUCCGUCACACACAGGCACGCACACUCCGUCACACACAGGCACGCACACUCUGUCAAACGCAGACACACACACUCUGUCACACUUGGACGACCCUACUGUCUCGGAGAUGCUAGCAGAGGCCCUGCUGAGUGUGCCCAGACAGAUCUACUCCCACAAUCCUCGGCGCUACCUGGAGGCUCACGCGCACACUCUCAGUUGCAUACGUAACCUACCGGACCCGCCGGAAAUGAGUGCUGUUCUGUCAGCGGAUGGUUCUAAUAUGGUCCAGGCUGACACUGGGUCAGGGUCUAUGUUUGGGUCAGGAUCUGGGUCAGGGGUUAAGGAGAUGUCGGUUUGGUCAAGCUCUGGCUCUAGUUCAGGUGUGGAGUCAGUGUCCUGUAAGUAUCAACUGAUCCUGGCUGUUCUACAGUGUCUCAGGAGUCUACUGUCUGUGGACACUGUACUACACGCUAAUAGCUCACACACACUCGCACACACCUGUCAGAGAGAAGAGGAGGAGGAGGAUGAUGACUGAGAACUCAUACUUGAAUUCCUUUGUGUUUUUGUUUCAUUGUUCAUCCAAAUGUUUUCUAUUCACUGCUUGAAAAAGUAAUCUAUUUGUGUAGUAUGUCUUUGCAGAUCAAUUUGUAUGUUAAUAAAUCCAAUUUUUGUUUGAUGAAA